GAUGUAAGACUUAUCCCGUUUUCGCUCCGGCGCCGGCAUGACUAACCAAAGUGAAAAAUCGGCGAACGAUGUUCUCCAGAUUCUAUAUAAAGUCUUCUAUUUCCUAUUGCGAAUGCUUUUGUAUUUGAAUUGAACACAGACGCAAGCUUCUACGUACUAUUACAGGUAUCCUGAUACAGAUUUCUGUAGAAAACAUUUCAAGACAGCAAUAUAGCCUUAACUUAUCAAAGUUUUGAUUUUCUAGACUUUUUUCAGUGUUCAACGAAGUUUUUCAGUUAUCCUUUUACCUAUACUCUUCGGAUUUACCAUGUCUACCGUUACCAAGACCAUCACUGUUCUCCCAGGAGAUCACGUCGGUACUGAGAUUUGUAAUGAGGCUAUCAAGGUGCUUGAAGCCAUUGAGCAAGCUACUCCUUACCAAAAGAUCCACUUUGAGUUCAAGCAUCAUUUAAUUGGAGGUGCUGCCAUUGACUCCACGGGAGUUCCUUUGCCAGAUGACUCUCUUGCUGCAGCCAAACUGUCUGAUGCUGUUUUGCUUGGAGCAGUUGGUGGUCCCAAGUGGGGAACUGGUGCUGUUAGACCAGAACAAGGUUUGUUGAAGAUCAGAAAGGAGUUGAACUUGUAUGCCAACUUGAGACCUUGCAACUUUGCAUCCGAUGCUCUUUUAGAACUCUCUCCCUUGAAGUCAGAAAUCGUCAAGGGCACCAACUUCACUGUUGUCCGUGAACUUGUUGGUGGUAUUUACUUUGGCGAAAGACAAGAACAGGAAGAGUCUGCCGACGGAGAGUCUGCUUGGGACACCGAAAAGUAUUCUGUGGCUGAAGUCACCAGAAUCACCAGAAUGGCAGCUUUCAUGGCAUUGCAACACAACCCACCUUUACCAAUCUGGUCAUUGGAUAAGGCUAAUGUGUUGGCCUCCUCCAGAUUAUGGAGAAAGACUGUGGAUAAGGUAAUGAAAGAAGAGUUCCCACAAUUGACCAUCCAGCACCAGUUGAUCGAUUCUGCUGCCAUGAUUUUGGUUCAAUCUCCUACCAAAUUGAAUGGUAUUGUCAUCACUUCAAACAUGUUUGGCGAUAUUAUCAGUGACGAAGCCUCGGUGAUCCCUGGCUCGUUGGGUCUCUUACCUUCUGCAUCCUUGGCUUCGUUGCCAGACACCAAUUCUGCCUUCGGUUUAUACGAGCCAUGCCACGGUUCUGCUCCUGACUUGCCCGAAAACAAGGUCAACCCAAUUGCCACCAUCUUGUCGGUCGCCAUGAUGUUGAGAUUGUCGUUGGACAGCUUGAAGGAAGCCGAAGCCUUGGAAGAAGCCGUCCGUCAAGUUUUGGACUCUGGAGUCAGAACUGCUGACUUACGUGGUACCAACUCUACCAAGGAAGUCGGUGAAGCUGUUGUUGCUGCCGUCACCAAGAUCUUGAAGGAUGCUGCCUAGUCAGUAAUAUAAUGGCCACUCAUUAUUUAUACAUAUAUAUUAACUUCAUACUCCAAAAAACUAUUAGAAAUAAAUAGUACGAUUAAUGGCAAAUAAGAAAAGUACAGUACCAAAAAGUUCGUGAUUCUCUAAUCUAUUAGUAAAGUCAAAUUGAGCAAGAACUAAGUAGCAAAACCAUCAAUUUUGGUUCCUUUGUUAAUGCUCUCACAAGAACGAACAUUUGAAGAUGCUAUCCUAAUGAACCAUAAAUUCUAUCAGGUAACCUCUAGAAAUAUAAUUCUAGUUUCUUAAAAUUCAUCUACUUAAGAUUCCAAGCUGAAUUCUCCAAAAUUGAUCGUACCAUUCAAGAACUCAGACAAUUGGGCCAUAGAGUCCUCGGUUAUGACCCCAGACUUUUGGUGACCACCCGUAGUAUCAAAGCUGACCGUUGCAUCAUCAUGUAUAUGGUCGUUGAUGAUGGUACCGUCACUGGAAAUAGUAGGAGAUGGUGCACACUUGGCAAAAGAAUUGGUAAGACCUUGGAUAACACUUGGGGCAAAUUCGUCAGGAGAAAAGAAUUCGUCUUCUGAACUUGUCAAAGUGAUUGAACUGAUAUUGAGACCGGAAGUAAUAAUCAAACUGUCUGGUCUUUCACGUAUCAAAUUUUCCUGUCGGAUGCGACCAUUUCGACUUGUUCUUAUUUCAGAAACACUCCGCUCAGAUUCUUCCAGAACGAUUUCUUCAGCGAUAUCCAAAGGUUCUUGAGAUCCAGAAUUGGCUAUACUGAGUUCUCGAAGAUUCCUAGAAGUGGCAAAUUCGAAGU